UCUCGACGUCGGCCUGUGGGGAGCGAUGCCGACAAGCAGGAGCGGUCCCGGCUUCGGAAAGGGCCCACCCUCAGGAAUGGUCCGGCCGGGCCUAGCGAGGAUGUCCCUACCGCGAUGCUGGUUCCAUUACCCAGGGUGGGCAGGCGCGGAAGCGGGACGGGGAAGAGCGAUAGUUUCGCGGCGUUUGCCCAGCCUCAACCCCUGGGAUGCGGGUGAGAGACAGGGAGGACUGGUCAGAAUUUGCGCGUCCCUGGGGCCGCACAAAAGGCUCCCAGCCGGCCUCCCGCAAUGUCCUCACCUGUACCCGGCAGCCGACCCCCUGGACCCGCAGCGCCGCCAGGAGAAGUCCUGCGCAGCGCUGGGAAACGACAAGAGAAGGCAGCCUGACGGGCAGCGACAGCGACAGCAACAGCAACAGCCCCACUGCCGCCGGGGCUUCCAGGUCCCAGCCCUUCCGAAUCCGCUACGGGUGCUGCAAGGCCUGGGAAGAGUUUCGAUGUCUCUAGGGUGGCUAGAGCGUCCUCCCGCGCUCAGUUGCGCUGCAGGUGACGGCGCCCGGAGGCUGUCGGGAAGUAGGCGGGGUGACGUGUGGUUGACGAGCUCGGCGGCGGGUUUGCUGAGAUCUGUGGCCGGCGGCAGCUGGUGCAGGGGGCACCUGAGAGCGAGAGGUGGAUCGGGGCGGUGUGUGGCCAGGGCCAUGACGGGCAAUGCCGGGGAGUGGUGCCUCAUGGAAAGCGACCCCGGGGUCUUCACCGAGCUCAUUAAAGGAUUCGGUUGCCGAGGAGCCCAAGUAGAAGAAAUAUGGAGUUUAGAGCCUGAGAAUUUUGAAAAAUUAAAGCCAGUUCAUGGGUUAAUUUUUCUUUUCAAGUGGCAGCCAGGAGAAGAACCAGCAGGCUCUGUGGUUCAGGACUCCCGACUUGACACGAUAUUUUUUGCUAAGCAGGUAAUUAAUAAUGCUUGUGCUACUCAAGCCAUAGUGAGUGUGUUACUGAACUGUACCCACCAGGAUGUCCAUUUAGGCGAGACAUUAUCAGAGUUUAAAGAAUUUUCACAAAGUUUUGAUGCAGCUAUGAAAGGCUUGGCACUGAGCAAUUCAGAUGUGAUUCGACAAGUACACAACAGUUUCGCCAGACAGCAAAUGUUUGAAUUUGAUACGAAGACAUCAGCAAAAGAAGAAGAUGCUUUUCACUUUGUCAGUUAUGUUCCUGUUAAUGGGAGACUGUAUGAAUUAGAUGGAUUAAGAGAAGGACCGAUUGAUUUAGGUGCAUGCAAUCAAGAUGAUUGGAUCAGUGCAGUAAGGCCUGUCAUAGAAAAAAGGAUACAAAAAGACGGGUUUUCACCAUGUUGCCCAGGCUGGUCUCAGACUCCUGAGCUCAAGCCAUCCGCCUGCCUCGACCUCCCAAAGUGGUACAGUGAAGGUGAAAUUCGAUUUAAUUUAAUGGCCAUUGUGUCUGACAGAAAAAUGAUAUAUGAGCAGAAGAUAGCAGAGUUACAAAGACAACUUGCAGAGGAGGAACCCAUGGAUACAGAUCAAGGUAAUAGUAUGUUAAGUGCUAUUCAGUCAGAAGUUGCCAAAAAUCAGAUGCUUAUUGAAGAAGAAGUACAGAAAUUAAAAAGAUACAAGAUUGAGAAUAUCAGAAGGAAGCAUAAUUAUCUGCCUUUCAUUAUGGAAUUGUUAAAGACUUUAGCAGAACACCAGCAGUUAAUACCACUAGUAGAAAAGUUUGAGAAACACUUUGAGAAGACACUACUAGGCAAAUAAAAUUUUGGACCAUUAACUUAAAGACGAGAAUACAUGGCAAAAGAAAAACAGAACGCAAAGAAAGCUCAGGAAACCAAAUGAAGAUGUUUUCGGAUAUGUACACCUUUCUGCUUCUGCACAUAUUUUCAUGGAAACCAUUAUGUAUAAAGAACUUAGAGCAACAUCCUAAUUGGCUCAGUGCACGUUUGGCAAUAGUGCCAACCUGUCUUGUCUUUAAUGCAUGGAUUCAUAAACUUCUUCCCUACCUGCAUCAUGUGCAUGUAGUGCAUAUUAAAUGAAAGUGAUAUUAAGAGUGCUUUCCCAAAUUCCAUUAUUUGACAUUGAGUCUGACAACUGUUAGUUUUCUGGAUGUAUAACUACCAUAUGAAGCUAGAAAAUGCACAAACGAUAUUCCUUAUCUGUAAUUUAAAUACUUAAAAUUUGCAAUUGUCAGAUCUUGAUUAAACUGGUUGUCUUAUUUCUUCUCAUCAUUAACGGAAAAAAAACCAGUAUUUCUAUCUUUGAUAUCUAAGUGUUUUGAGGAUUUUAAAACUGAAUUUUAUCUGCUAUACCAGUUAUUUGAGAAAGUAUGAUUUUAAUGUAAAUCAUUUAAAAAGGACAAAAGUAUAAUUUCCAGUGAUUUUCACUGCUGUCAGUAGAAAAGUAAUAAACAUCUCAAUUUUAUUUUAGUAAAUAUUCUUCAAGUGUUUGGGGUUAUUUGUUUAUGUAUUAGAGAAUUGUUUCAGGAAGGUUUGAGUAUUAUGCUUCAAAGCAAAAUUUCAGGUUAAGAAGAAAUUGUAAAUCUUAAAGAAUGUUGGUGUUACUCUCAAUGGAAUAUUGUUUCAAGCUCGUAAGCUGUGUAUAAAAAAACUGGAGGUCUGACAGUUCAUGUUAUCUGCUUUUUUAAAAAGAUGGUAAUGGUGAUGGGGGUCUUUCUAUGCCAAUUUGAAUAAAUUUCGUACAGCCUGCAGUUUCCAAGAGCCAUAUGUAAUUUGCUCACAAUUGAUUUUUAAAAAUUGAUUUGGGAGUUGCUUUGUAAUAAUCUUCUGCUUCUAAUCUUCCUUUGCAAGUCAGACUUUAAAGAAGACUUUAUAAAGCUUUCUUUUUUAAAGGAAGUAACCUACUUUUUUCUUUAUCAAGAAUAUUUCUGAGUUUGAUACAUGACUUUAACAUUUUAUUAUUUAUUGUAAAAUCAAUUUAGCAUAAUUUAUUUUAUUAGGGAGAAUGUGUACCCAUCUUCCAGCUUCAGCACAUUUUUAAGGAUUGUUUUUAAGCUUAGUAAUUGUGGUAUUAAAUGACUUAGAACUAAUGGGGAAAAACCUGAUAGGAAAUUGAUAGAAAAACGAAUGAAAUAUUUUUCAUACAUAAUUUCAGUUGGAGGUAAUGAAAAAUAUGUAGUCUCUCAGUUAUUUGUGAGUAAAUAUGUUUUGCUGUUGAUACAGUAAUAAUUAAUGGAGUGUUUUCAAAGCCAUGAUAUAAUUUUUAAAAAUAGAUUUUUAAGGAAGGCUCAUCUUGAUCUCAUUCGUUUAUUUCAGCUUAAUUUAUAUAUUCUUUCCUAUUGAGGCUUAGAUUUUGUUAAGCAAUGUGAGGAUUAUUGUGGUAAGUUGUAUUUAGUAAUCAAUACAGUGUGAUACUGGCACUAGGAUUGACAAAUAAAUCAAUGGAACAGAAGAGAGAGCCUGAAAACAGAUCAACGUUUAUAUGAUCCCUUGAUUUCGACAAAGGUGGCAAAACAAUUCAACAGAGAAGGAAAGUCUUUUCAACAAAUGGAGCCGGAAUAGAAUAGCUGAAUAUCCAUAUAGAAAAAAGUGAACAAUGACCCCCUACCUCACAAAAAUGACUUUGAGAUGAAUCAUAGACCUAAAUGUAAUAUUUUAAAAGUAUGAAGCUUUUUAACUGAAAACAGAUGAUAUUUUUGUGACUUGGGGGGUUAGCCAAAGGUUUCUUAGGUCACAGAAAGCAGUAACCAUAAAAGAUCCAAAGUUAGAGCUCAUCAGAAUUGUCAUUGAAAAUGUUAACAAAAGUAAUAUCAAAUGACAUUUGAAAAAUAUCCUUGUAAAAUGACUAUAUUAAUAGGUAUAAGGAUUUUUUCUUACUAAUCUAAUAAAAUUCCUUAAUAGGAAUUUCCAUAGCUUAAGAGUGGUUUAUUUUAUCUGCAUCUUCUUUGGUGAUUGCAAAUCCCUUGUGAUACUUCAUGAUUACUUCUGUCUGUGAAUAAAGAAGUGUGACUUGUCUGGGUGCUGUAUGUUGCUGGUUUGAAACUAAGUCAUGAAGCUAGAGGGUAGAGAAAAUGGAAGAAUAAAGAGCAACCCAUAAAUAGAUAAAUGCUAUGUGGAAAGUUUUUUUUUAAUGAUAUUUUAUAGAAAAUCUUGCUCAUUUCAUAUUUAGUCUUUUCUAAAAUUUUAUUUAAUUAUUGGGUAGGUGAAGGCGCUUCCAUUCUAUUUUAUGCCUUCAAAAUAGCCAAUUCUAAGGGAUGUACUUCUGUUAUUAUCAACAAAAACCUUGCCAACAGCUGCGGCACUGGCUACUCUCACCUUAUAUGUUUAGUUCCCAAGAUAGCUUGCCCUUUUCCUAACAGCAGUCAGCUCCACUGUGCCACUAGAACAGACAAAUAUUUGCUCGGGAAUCACAACCACGGGGACUUGCUCCCCCAGUUAGGACCAUGGUACAUAUUUGUGUGUAUAUUAUGGUGUUACAUGCAGAUUAAUACUUUUCAAUUAAUCCUCCUAGUUGCCUGUAACAUUAACAUUUCAAGAUGCAUUUAGAUAUUUUUAUCCUGUAGGAGGAUUUUGUUUAUUUGAGGGAAAAAAAGGGCUUUUAAUGUAUUCUCCUCAAAAACCAUUUAGAGAAAACAGAUAAGUAAAAAUAAAAUUUAAAUUACCAUAUUUCUAUUUACAGGGAUGAGCACAUUAACAUUUUAUGUAUUUAGUGAUCCUUUUUCCUCAUGUGUACACAUAUGUUUUUGUGUGUUAGUCUUGCUUGCCCUUCCCAUAGUCUGAAAUAGUUCUAUGAAGUUUAUAUUAUUUUUAAACUUGAUCAUAUACAAAUUUUCAGGAAACAAACCACUCUAGCUAUUUGAAGAGGAAUGCAGAUUUAUAUUGGGAGUUUUGAAACUACAUAGUUUCUUACAAAAUCAUUGGAAGGUUUGGAGGAGUCGUUUCAAGCUUAAGUCUCCAGAGAUUACUCCCAUCCAAACAUACAGUAUUGGUGUACCUAGGGAACUGCUCACUUUUGCAACAGUCAGGGAGUUCACUGUUGGAACUAUUGAUGUUAGAACAUGUUGCAGUAGUUGUGUUCAAGGAAUGAGGAACCUGCUGUAACACCCAAUGACUGUGCACUGGAAUGCAGAAAAGUUAAACCUUCUAUGCCUAAAUGCCUAAAAUAGACAAACUGGAUAGUUACAUUUUUAGAAUGAUACUGCGUUUUUUAGAGUAGUAUGAAUUCCUAGAUCAGUCAAACAUGCAUGUUAUUUAGUUUGUUCUUUAGUAUAUUGUUAACUGGCCUAAAUCCAAUGACUGACAUGGUAAAGAUUCACCACUUCUAGCAUACUGGGCACUUUUUAUUUUUGACUUGAUUACAUUAACUUUUUGAAAACUAUUCAGUGAUUUAUUCAGCCAAUCUUAUGAGGUACAUCUGAGUUGUUCUAGAUGCUAGAGGAUAGUAUAACAGGAAAAAGCCCGUGCUCUCAUGGUGAGACAGAUAAUAAGUAUAUAAUACAACUUUUCAAAUAGUAGUAUGAAUGGUAAAAAAAUAGGGAAAAGGGGUGGGAGGAGCUGAGGUUUGAUAGAAUGGUCAUGGAAGAUCCCAUUAAUGAGAUGUACUUUAAGUAGAGACCUAAAUGAAGAUAAUUUUUUCUCUGUACAAGUGGAUUGCAUAUAGGCAUAUAGGCAGAACUUCUCUAGUACUGAACUAGCACUGUACAAGUGGAUUGCAUAUAGGCAUAUAGGCAGAACCAAUGUGCAAUAAUUAAGAAUAUUAAUUUGCAAUCAUGUUUGAUGGUUAAAUGGUUUAUUAAUGUUGGAGUGUCAAUAUGAAAAUGGGUUGAAUAAAAGAUAUAUGGAAAUGCCUAGGA